UCUUUUGUUUUAUAUUUUUAUUUUAUUUUUAUGUAUAAAAUUGGAUUAUGAUACCACAGAUGCUUCGCAAUUCAAUUGAUAAACAAAACAAAAAGAAAAAAACUAUGAGACGAAAUUACCAAAGCUUCAAGGGUGGUCUUUUGAAGACAACAGCAGAAUACGAAUCUGAAAGUGAUAAUGGAAUGAAUUCUUUAAAAAUGGGACAAGAAAAUUCCCAUGAUGAUUCCGACGAAAGCAACUGCAGCGAAUAUGGCCUCUCUGUGUCAACAGUUAAGCGAUUCCUCAAAGAUCAUCCGGAAUUUCUUGAAAAACACAUUAUGCACGAUGUUGAGCUGGAGCAAUUGGAACGCUGGAUGAUUCGUCGAACACAACGUGCUCGCAAAACAACACAAUCUCUGGGUCGAAAUGGUCGCAAAACAAGCUUAUCGCGAUGGAAAUUCUGUGUGCAUGCUGACAAACGUCAAAUGCUUCAGGAUCUCACACAAUCUCUCCAGCUUCGACCGACUAAAGCUCAUGUUCUCUUCGAAUUGGCCAGUUGUAUAUCAUCAGCUGUUAAUGCCGACGGAUUUACUCUCUACAUAGCUGAAUCGGGUGACCCGGAAAAUAUGUCCGUGUACAUGGGACAAAAUUCAACAUCAGGGACCAAUAAAAUGCAAAAAGUCAAACCGGAACAAGGAAGUUAUUUAUUGCAUGUAGCAAAGACCAAAGAAGCUAUUCGAUUGUCAAAGGGAAUUCCAGAUGCAAGAUUUCCCGAUGGUAUUCCGAAGAAUAGUGAUAUUGGUCAUGUGCUUUGUCAAGCUAUAGGUCAACCUGAUGGUCAACUUAUAGCCGUGGUAGAACUUUAUAGACGCGAAGAAGGCUUUCCAUUCCACGAAGAAGACGAAGAGAUAUCUUGCAGCUAUUUGGUGUGGGGUGGCAUUGCUUUGCAUUAUGCCCAUCUCUUCAUGAAUAUGAGCAAGCAGCGGAAAUUGAAUGAAUUCCUAUUGGCAGUUGUCAAGUCAAUUUUCCAGGACAUGGUCAGUAUGGACAUGCUAGUCACAAAAAUUAUGAAUUUCGCCCAACGCCUUGUCGAUGCCGAUCGAGCAUCGUUGUUUCUAGUUGAUUCAAAAAGUAAAGAACUCUAUGCGACCAUCUUUGAUGUUGGCAACGAUAAAGGAAAAGCGAAUGGUCAAAGUACAGAAGACCACAACAAAAAGCCCGACGAAAUUCGUUUUCCCAUCGGGACUGGAAUUGCAGGAAUUGUUGCCCUAACUGGAGAGAUUCUUAACAUUCAAGAUGUGUACUCGGAUCCUCGUUUUAAUCGUUCUGUAGAUCAAAAAACUGGUUACAAAACCGAAACCAUCCUUUGCAUGCCAAUUUUCAUUCGUGGAGCUGUCAUUGGUGUCGUCCAAAUGGUGAAUAAGCAUUCGGGCUGUUUUACUAAAGAAGAUGAAGAAGCUUUCGAAAUGUUUGCCGUUUACUGUGGAUUGGCUUUGCAUCAUGCUAAAUUAUAUGAUAAAAUCCGUCGAUCGGAACAAAAGUAUAAAGUGGCCCUGGAGGUCUUAAGUUAUCACAAUACCAGCACCGAUGAAGAAGUACAGAAAUUUCUCACCGACACUAGUCCCGAAAUUGCACCUGAUAUUGACGAUUACUACUUCAAUCCGUUUGCCUUCGAUGAUAUGGAAAAGAUCGGAUUGUCAGCGCAUAUGUUUAUCGAUCUUUUCGGAUUGAGACGAUUCGAUAAAACUAGUUUGAUUAAGUUCACCCUAACAAUUAAGAAGAACUACCGCAGAGUGCCAUACCAUAAUUGGAGUCAUGGAUUCUCAGUGGCGAAUACCAUCUAUUCGCUGGUGAAGAAGACAUCAGAUGUAUUUCGACCAAUAGAGUGCCUAGCUCUUUAUAUUGGAUCCUUGUGUCAUGAUCUGGAUCAUCGUGGGAAGAAUAAUAAAUUUAUGCUCGAUACAGAAUCUCCUUUAGCUGGCAUUUACAGUACAUCGACCAUGGAGCAUCAUCAUUUCAACCAAACUGUCACAAUUCUACAACAGGAUGGUCAUAAUAUAUUUGCUAAACUGUCAAGUUCCGAAUACAAACAAGUAUUGGGCUUGAUAAAACAUUGCAUUUUAGCUACAGACCUUGCUCUUUUCUUCCCCUACAAAACCAAACUACAAAAUCUCAUCGAAGAAGAAAAAUUCACAUGGAGUAAUCAUGAACAUCGUUUAUUGAUACAAGCCAUUGCAAUGACAGCUAGCGAUCUGUCAGCAUCGGCUAAACCAUGGGAAGUUCAAGAGAAAACGGUUAAGGUUAUAUUUGAAGAAUUUUACGAUCAAGGUGAUGCGGAACGUGCGGCUGGCCGCAUUCCAAUUCCAAUGAUGGAUCGAAAUCAACCCGAAGAGCAGGCUAAUUCACAAGUUGGUUUUCUGAUGGGCAUAUGUAUUCCAUGUUAUUCACUGCUAUAUCGAUUGAUACCCGAAUCGAAACCUUUGCUCGAUAUGUGUCAAAAGAAUUUGGAAAGAUGGCAAAAGAUUGCUCAGGAAGUGAGAGAGCAACAGAAAAAGCAGUAAAAUGAGAAAGAGAGAGAGGGUAGAUUAAUGAUUUUUUUUUUAAAUAUGAUAAAUUACUUAAAUAAUAUUAUUAUGUCUUAUAUCAGCACAAUAAAAAUAGUUUAACAUAA